AUGCAACAUAAACUAGCAGCAAAAGCUGCAUCACGUGCACAUUUCAUAAACGAAUCCCCGUUAGGAAGAAAGAAGAAAAUUGAAAGACAUCCCACGCUUUCGAAAAUGACAGCCGACGAUCGACGUCCACGAACCGGAAAACAAGAAACGGUCCGAGUGAUCGUCAGAUGUCGACCGUUGUCUGAAGCAGAAAUAUCACAAGGACAUCAAAGUAUUGUGUCUAUGUAUCCGGAUCGAGGUCUUGUGGAACUUAGAAAUCCAAAAGAACUCCAGGAUCCAUCGAAAGAUUUCACUUUCGAUGCAAUUUAUAACGAGAGUUCCAAACAAACUGAUCUCUAUGAUGAGACGUUUCGAGAUCUUGUGGAUUCCGUGCUGAACGGUUUUAACGGUACGAUAUUCGCCUACGGACAAACUGGAACCGGAAAGACCUAUACUAUGGAGGGAAAAUCCUCAAUCCCCGAAGAACGUGGUGUCAUCUUUAAUUGUUUUGAGCAUAUCUUCCAGCACAUUGCAAGAUCCAGAAAUCAGCAAUAUCUGGUCAGGGCCAGCUACCUAGAGAUAUAUCAGGAAGAACUUCGCGAUCUGCUCAGUAAAGAUGAUCGUGUCAAGUUGGAACUGAAAGAAAAAGCAGAUAUCGGAGUCUAUGUGAAAGAUUUAACCACUUUCUUAACGAAAUCCGUAGAAGAAAUCCAACGUGUGAUGUCCGUUGGGAAUGCAAAUCGAUCUGUUGGGCGAACUAACAUGAACGAACAUUCCAGUCGAUCGCAUGCAAUUUUUAUUAUUACUAUAGAAUGUAGUGAAACGGGUCCAGAUGGCGAAAAUCAUAUACGAGUGGGACGACUCAAUCUCGUCGAUUUAGCGGGUAGUGAACGUCAAGCAAAAACCGGAGCUACCGGCGAAAGAUUCAAGGAAGCAACCAAAAUCAACCUCUCCUUGUCAGCGCUGGGCAAUGUCAUUUCGGCAUUAGUGGACGGUAAAAGUACUCACAUACCGUAUCGAGACAGUAAAUUAACUCGGUUACUUCAGGAUUCACUUGGAGGGAAUUCGAAAACUGUUAUGGUUGCUUGUAUUGGACCAGCUUCCUAUAACUAUGAAGAAACUCUAGGAACUCUUCGCUACGCUAACAGAGCUAAAAACAUCAAAAACAAGCCGAAGAUCAAUGAAGAUCCUAAGGAUGCUAUGCUUCGAGAGUUUCAAGAUGAGAUUCAACGGCUACGUGCCUUGCUCGAGGAACGGUCACGUCGAAAAGGAGGUCGAGGAGGUUUGGAUGAGUCCCGAAGCGAAGAAUAUUUCCGUGAACAGCAUAUGAAAUUGGCUGCAGAUAGAGAACAUGCAUUGCGGGACACUUCGCUCAUAAUGGAGGAGCGACGUCGUAUAAUUGCGGACCUGGAAGAACGACAAAGACAACUAGAACAAGAGCAGGAAGCGCAACGUGAGGUUGCGGAAACAAUCGCAAAAAUGGAAAGUAAACUGCUCGGCGGCACGGAUCUCCUGGAUCACACCAAGCAACAACAACUCGAGCUUGAGAAUCGUCGGCGAGAAUUGGCUGAACAGAAGAAACGUGAACGUGAGAUUUUGCGACAGUUGGAGAGACAGGAAGACGACACCGCCGAAAUCCAUCAAACGUACUCCAGUUUGCAACAAGAAGUCGAGGCGAAAACUCGAAAAUUACGCAAGUUACAUCUAAAACUGCAGAAGGCGAGAAAUGAGCUUCACGAUUCAGUGCUUUUACAUUCACAGGAACGGCAAGAUCUAGAAGCUUCCGUCACGGAGAUUAACAAAGAGUUAAAGCUAAAGUUGCUUAUAGUCGAAAACUUCGUCCCACCCGAGGUCGCUAACCGGGUCCGUGAACGAGCCCAGUGGCUGGACGACGAGCAGCAGUGGCGGUUGCCUGGCGCUCGGCCACUUUCCGCCAGCCGACCACCCACUGCACCGUUGGCGAAUGUGCUGGUGGAUGGUCAAAAUUUGCUAACACACUCAACAGCUGAUUCCGGAGUGUGUAGUACGGACGCAAGCACUUCAGUGGAACAGAACGACUAUUUGGAUAAGCGCCCGGUUUCUACACCCGGGCUUCGUCGACCUAUGUCUUCUUGGGAGCGGAUGAUGGUCGAUCGAGCAAGAGAGCAAAUGAGCCGGCAACGACGCCCUCCCAUAAGUGGAUCGGCCGCUACUGUAGAGGCCAUACUAAACGAAGAUAUUAUACGAUUCUGUGGCGAAAAUGUGCUCGUGUUCUCAUCGCUUGAACGGCUACCGUCACGAGUGUCCGAUUACGACCCCACUAAGAGUAAACUUGACCAAGUCGUACGACAAGAGGAGAAAAGCCUGUUGAUCGACGCAUCAAAAGCUGCGCCAACUGUAAAGGGUCGUCUUCGUUCGCCGUCAACAGAUAUGAGAUCUCGCUCAAAAAACGGACUCGCCCGCAACGUGCUUGCCAAAUCCACCGCGCCCACGUCACCCGCAGUGCUUUACCCAAAAGCACGAGGUCUCGUCGGCAAAUAA